GAGCUAAAACUACAUUUCCCAGCUUCCCGCGCGUCGCCGACCUACUUCCGGGAACCGGCGAACAAGAUGGCGGCGUCCGUGGAGCACGAUUCUCCGUCCGAAGUUUCCGAGGCGGCAGUGGAGGAGGAGGAAACUAAAACGUUUAAAGAUCUGGGUGUGACAGAUGUGUUGUGUGAAGCCUGCGACCAGUUGGGAUGGACAAAGCCCACCAAGAUCCAGAUUGAAGCUAUUCCUUUGGCCUUACAAGGUCGUGAUAUCAUUGGAUUGGCAGAAACUGGCUCUGGAAAGACAGGGGCCUUUGCUUUGCCCAUCCUGAAUGCCCUGCUGGAGACGCCGCAGCGAUUAUUCGCCCUGGUUCUCACCCCAACCCGAGAGCUGGCCUUUCAGAUCUCAGAGCAGUUUGAAGCCUUGGGGUCCUCUAUUGGAGUGCACUGUGCUGUGAUUGUAGGGGGAAUUGAUUCAAUGUCCCAAUCUCUGGCCCUGGCAAAGAAGCCACAUAUAGUAAUAGCAACCCCUGGCAGAUUGAUUGACCACUUGGAAAAUACAAAAGGUUUCAACUUAAGAGCUCUCAAAUACUUGGUCAUGGAUGAAGCAGACAGAAUAUUGAAUAUGGAUUUUGAGACGGAGGUUGACAAGAUCCUCAAAGUGAUUCCCCGAGAUCGGAAAACUUUCCUCUUCUCUGCUACCAUGACCAAGAAGGUGCAAAAACUUCAGCGAGCAGCUUUGAAGAAUCCUGUGAAAUGUGCUGUUUCUUCUAAAUACCAAACGGUUGAGAAAUUGCAACAGUAUUAUAUUUUCAUUCCCUCUAAAUUCAAGGACACCUACCUGGUUUAUAUUCUAAAUGAAUUGGCUGGAAACUCCUUUAUGAUAUUCUGCAGUACCUGUAACAACACUCAGAGAACAGCUUUGCUACUCCGAAAUCUCGGAUUCACUGCCAUCCCCCUCCAUGGACAGAUGAGUCAGAGCAAGCGCCUGGGAUCCCUUAAUAAAUUUAAGGCAAAGGCUCGUUCUAUUCUUCUAGCAACUGAUGUUGCAAGCCGAGGUUUGGACAUACCUCAUGUAGAUGUCGUUGUCAACUUCGACAUUCCUACUCAUUCCAAGGAUUAUAUCCAUCGAGUAGGCCGAACAGCUAGAGCUGGGCGCUCUGGAAAGGCUAUUACCUUUGUCACUCAGUAUGACGUGGAACUCUUCCAGCGCAUAGAACACUUAAUUGGGAAGAAACUGCCUGUCUUUCCAACGCAGGAUGAUGAGGUUAUGAUGCUGACAGAACGAGUGGCUGAAGCCCAAAGAUUUGCCCGCAUGGAGUUAAGGGAGCACGGAGAAAAGAAGAAGCGUGCGCGAGAGGAUGUUGGGGAUAAUGAUGACACAGAGGGUGCCAUGGGUGUCAGGAAUAAGGUGGCCGGAGGAAAAAUGAAGAAACGGAAAGGCCGUUAGUCAGUUCUGCAAAGACUAGCGUUCCACUGCCCAUCUGUGAAAGGGGAUCGCAGGGGCGAAUGAAACCUCCCAGCAGAGUUCCUCAGACUGAAGUCUUCACGAUUAUGUCCAGAAUCUGCUCAGCUCAUUCAGUGCUCACUGCCCUCUGUGUUGGAGUUCAUUACUGCACAGUAAUGUGGGCCUGCUGGUGUCAAGACUGUCGCUGAUCUUCAGCCUGGCUUCCCUGCUCCUCCCUGAGGAGGAUGUGCCCCAACCACUUCCCAGUGACCCUUUGCCUUUCUCAGCUGCCCGGCCAGGACUGCAAGAUGUAAAGGAAAGAAGUUUCUAUAUUUGUAAAUGAGACCUAAGCUCUUAGCUUCCAUCAUUAGACCUUAUGUGAGACAAUAAAUUUAAGUAUUGUUCUUAAA